AUGACUCAUCUGCUGUGGAAGCACUAUUGGGAAGACGAUGUCGACCGAUUUCGACGCCUUCUCGCCCCAACUGGCCAUGGCGCCCAGAACGGUCCUCGGAACUCUGGUUUGAGUACGGGGAUAGUGGGAAGUCCAGGCUAUGGCACUUCGCCGCGCGCCGCGACUAGAUCACGCAAGCUUCCGGGCUUUGGAACAGGCUCCGGAAGCGCGCGACACGGUUACGGUGGCCUCGGACGGAACGAAAUCAACAGCCGCGACCAGGCAGGACUCACCGUUUUGCUGCGCGCAGCAUCUUCGACCGCCGAUAAUGCCAUAUCCUUCGUGGAGGCACUGCUUGAACACCCCGCCAUCGACAUUUAUGUCCAGGACCCUGAGAGCGGCUGGAAUGCGCUGCAUCGGGCACUGUAUGCGGGGAAUGUAUCGAUCGCCAGACUCCUGCUGGAGAAGGAGUGUAGGGACUUGACAGGGCACACGGCUUCACUGCAUCGAGUGGGGCAGCUCAUCAAAACGAAAGAUCAUGAGGGCUAUAGUCCGUUUGACUUAUAUAACUCCAUUAUCGGCGAGCGCAACCUCAAGGAGCUAGCGAAGGAGGAAAGACCCGAUGAUGGAUCUGACAGCGAUGAGGCAGAGACUUCUUUGGACCAGGCCCCAGAGUACCUCCAGGCCACUGGAGAAGGGCGGCCAGCGGCUCAGGAUUUAUCCAAAACUCCUACUCUCGUUCUCAACCGGCCUUUGAUGAUACAGGACGUGGUUCUUUCCAAACUGCAUAGCGCGGUUCUAACAACAGACCCGGUGUCGAACCUUUAUGUCUGCGGUAUCGGUCGCGGAGGGAGGCUCGGCCUUGGGGAUGAGAACACGCGGUUCACGUACACGCCCGUUCAGGGACCGUUUGUUGACAAAAGGAUCAUCCAUGUUGCCCUCGGCCAAAACCACUCCAUGGCCGUCGAUGACACCGGCGCACUAUGGACGUGGGGCAACAACGCCCAGUACCAGCUGGGAUACGUUCUCCCCGAGCCGGCAAAGAAGGGCGAGGAUCCUCUCAGCACCGUCCCGCGCCAGGUGUUUGGUCCCCUGAAGAAAGAGGCCAUUGUUGGGAUUGCGGCCUCCUCGAUACACUCGGUCGCGCAUACCGGCACAUCCCUAUAUUGCUGGGGCAAGAAUAGCGGCCAACUGGCAUUGAUGGACGCCGAUUCCAGGUCGCUCGAAUUUCAGCAAACGCCCAGGAAGGUCGCAGCCUCCUUAUUCUCGUCGCCGAUCGUCAUGGUGACUGCAAUUGAUAAGGCGACAACGAUAUUGCUGCAGAACCACACAGUCUGUGUGUUCACCGCGUACGGGUAUCACAUCGUCAAGUUCCCCUUUGCAACCCUUGAUCUGGUCGGCAAUAUUCAACUGUCCACUCGCCAGGACCCGGCUUGGAACCAGAUCAGCUCCAUCACAUCGGGAGGAGAAACAAUUGCUGCCGUCACAAGACGUGGCGACCUGUUUACAAUGAACCUGGACCAUAAGAUUGAAACCAAUCCUUCAAACACGUCUACCACAAACCCUUCCAAGAUCAAGGGUGCGGUCACGACGGCGCAGUGCAUUUGGUCCGCCAGGCGGGAUGGCGUCCGUUCCGUCGGUGUGGGUGAGCAUGGCUCCGUCAUCUUCAGCACUCAAUCAGGAGCUGUGUGGCGAAGGGUAAAACGAACCAAAGCAAAGGAUGCAUCUUCUUGGUUAUCAGAGUCGAAGCGCAAAGACUACAAAUUCCAGCGCGUACCCUGCAUCACAAAUGUCGCCACCGUCCGAGCUUCGGCAUUUGGUGCGUUUGCCGCCAUCCGAAAGGACUCGGAAGUGAUGAGAGAACAGCUGGCCAUCGACGAGCAAUCUAUUUGGCAGGACAUAGCACCAUUAAACAGUCUUGCCGGUUUCCGGGCGUCGAAACCGAGGGACAAGAAGGACGAGGCCUGGAUGUUUUGGGGGAAGAAUGAUUUCGGGGAACGUCUCGGCCCAGUGGCCUACGAAGUGCUUAAAUCUUCCGAAAUUGAGCACGACUUGUCACAGCACCUUGCACUGCUGUCAUCCCAAAACGGUCAGUUGGAUGCCGCUGUUUGCACCUCCUUUUCACCUGAGAUCAAGGUGCCUAUCCAUGGUUGGCUGCUUGCCGCUCGCAGUCCCGUCCUCCGUAGUGCACUUGCGCAAUUUCGCAAGGCGGGGUCUUUCACCCACGAGCUGUUCAGCAUCAGCGAUGCCAACGGCAAGGUGGUGUUGCUCUUCCAAGGCUUGGACAUAGUUUCGCUACUGAACCUUGUCCUGUUCGCAUACGAAGAUAAGGUGAUCCCGGUAUGGAACUUUACCGGCCACGUACGGCCGCUGGCGCACCGCUAUCGCCAGAUCCGCCAAGAGGUUAUGAAGCUCGCCACUCGUCUCGACAUGAACAGCCUCGAGGCGGCAGCAAGGCUGCAGGUGGAACCCAAGAAAUGCAUGGACCAAGAUUUCCAGCUUGCUAUCAAUGACCCGCGCUUCUUCGCGGACGGGGAUGCGUUGCUAGCGCUUGAAGGAGCCGAGGUGCCGGUCCACAGCGCCUUUGUCUGUCAGAGAUGCCCUUGGUUUCAGACGCUCUUCUUUGGGCGCUCCCAAGGCAUGUGGCUUGAGGGCCGCCGGGCCCUCUCGGGUGGUUGCAUCAAGAUUGAUUUGACCCAUGCCCACCCCGCGGCAUUCAAAUAUGUUCUGCAAUAUCUUUACGGAGAUUGUGGAGCUGAGCUAUUCGACCCCGCCGUGUGCGACUCCUUGGAAGAUUUUCUGGACCUCGUGAUGGAAGUCAUGUCGAUCGCCAACUAUCUGAUGCUCGACCGGCUAUCGCAGAUCUGCCAGCAGAUUAUGGGUCGAUUUGCGAACGUGCGCAACAUUGCUGACUUUUUGAACGCCAUCAGUCCCUGCUCAGUCCCAGAAUUCAAGGAUGGGGGCUUGGAGUAUAUCUGCCUGCAGUUAGAGACAAUGCUCGAGAACCAUCUCCUAGAUGAACUGGAUCAGGAUUUGCUCCUCGAGCUGGAUGAAGUGGUCCGGGACAACCAAGCUGCCCAGUCACCGUUUGUGCGGAGCGGCCAUGCCGAGCUGCUGCUUCAUAAACGCAAUCCUUGGUUGGCCGAGGAGAUCGAUGAGGAACGUCAGUUAUGGGUUAAGGGACUGGCAUACAAAGCGCAGAGGGAAGAGGAGAAGAGGCUUUUGUCCGCUACCAAGACCCGAUAUGGCAGUUUGGAUGACAUGAGUCCGCUCACGCCUACCCCUGACAGGACGAGAAAUGUGUCGAGGGCGGAACGGAGUGAGGCCCCCAGUCCUAGCCUUCGGCCAAAGGCGUCACACGGAGAUAUGAUGUUUGAUAUGGACGACGAGUUUUCACCAGUGACUAGUCCUUCGGCUAGGCCCCGGAAGAUGGACGAAGGGGCCACGGAUCUGGACCAGAUUCCGCCGCUGGGAAGCUCUUGGAAAGGUAAAGGGAAGAAGGUACGACUUGAUCUUAGGUCCGCAUCGCCAGGUAGCCCACUCGGGAUGCUAGGCACGCCCAUUAAGUCGGCAAACGGGCUUAACGUUAGCCCGGACAUGGUCACUUCAACACCCCUCCAAGCUGGGCAGCCUUGGGGGUCUGCGACAACGCCAACUUCGAAGUUAGAUCUCCGUGAUAUCAUUCAGUCUGAGACAGCCACCCAGUCCAUGCUUUCAGAGGGUUUGGCGGCGCAGAAGGCUAAAGAAUCCACGCCGAAGCCGGCCCAACAGAAGAUAUCCCAAAAGGAAAAGAAGCGGCAGCAGCAGGCUGCUCAAGCAGCCCAAGCGGCACUGCUCGCGGCCAAGGCGGACGGGGCCAAGAACGCGUGGGAACGGACCCCCGACGAACCCCAAGCUUCACCAUGGCAAGCGGUCGGCAAGGAGAAGAAGAUUCCGUCCAAGGGAUUACUCUCCCCAGACGCGCCGGCCGCCAUCCCCAUCCACCGCCGCACGGCCUCCCCAGACACGCGCUUCGCGGGCCAACGCACCCCGAGCUCAUCCUCCUACAAACCAAACCUACCUCCCUCCACGCCUCUCUCCUCCACCACCACCAACCCCCCUUUCCCCGUAACAACCCCAACCCCCAAACCCGACAACCUCACCCCGCAUUCCAAAGUCUACAUCCCCCCCGCAACCCCCAAACCCGACUACCUGCUGGGGUUGGGGCUGCGCGACAUCAUGGGCCAGCAGACGCGCGACAAGGAACAGGUGCGGGAGGCGGCGGCGGCGGCGGCCAAGCGCUCGCUGCCGGAGAUCCAGCAGGAGCAGGCGUUUCAGGAGUGGUGGGAUGCGGAGAGUAGGCGGAUGCAGGGGGAGGAGGAGGAGAAGGAGAGGAGGCGGAGGGGGAGGGAGUAA